AUGUCUGAUGAUAUUGACUGGUUACACAGCCGCAGAGGUGUCUGCAAGGUAGAUCUCUACAGCCCAACAGGACGUAAAGAUCAGGACCGAAAAGUGAUAUGCUUUGUGGAUGUGUCCACCCUGAAUGUGGAAGAUAAAGAUUCCAAGGGUGCUGCUGGUUGCAGCUCAGAAGGUGACUUAAACCUGGAGAGUCUGGAAGAAAAGGAGAUUAUCGUGAUCAAGGACACUGAAAAACAAGACCAAUCUAAGACGGAGGGAUCUGUAUGCCUUUUCAAACAAGCCCCCUCUGAUCCUAUAAGUGUCCUCAAUUGGCUCCUCAAUGAUCUCCAGAAGUAUGCCUUGGGUUUUCAACAUGCACUAAGCCCCUCAGCCUCUAGCUGUAAACAUAAAGUAGGAGACAUAGAUGGCGAAUAUCACAAAAUACCUUCUGAGAACUGUUACAGUGUCUACGCUGAUCACGUGAACAUGGAUUACAUGGCCAACAGACCCCAAAGCCUAUGUCUAGAAACGGCAGCAGCCAAGAACACCAACAAUAAUCAAAGUCCUUCAACUCCUCCAGGCAAGUCCCCUAGCACUCAGAGGGCUGUUAUUUCUCCUGAUGGAGGAGAGUGUUCCAUGGAUGACCUUUCCUUCUAUGUCAACCGACUCUCUUCCCUGGUAAUCCAGAUGGCCCGUAAAGAAAUCAAGGAAAAAUUGGAAGGUGGAAGCAAAUGUCUUCACCAUUUAAUGUAUCCACCCUCUGGAGACAAGGGGAAAAACAGUCCCCGUAGUGCUGUAAGCAAGAUUGCUUCUGAAAUGGCCCAUGAAGCUGUAGAAUUGACCUCAACAGAAAUGCGUGGUCCUGGGGAAGAGGGCAAGGAUGGCCGCAAAACCUUUCUGUACAGUGAGUUAUGCAAUAAAAACAAGAGUGGAGAAAAGCAGAUGUGCCCAAGAGAUAGUAAAGAAUUUGCAGAAUCCAUCAGCAAGGGACUUAUGGUUUAUGCAAAUCAGGUGGCAUCUGACAUGAUGGUUUCUGUUAUGAAAACUUUGAAAGUGCACAGCUGUGGGAAGCCAAUUCCAGCCUGUGUGGUCCUGAAGAGGGUGUUAUUAAAGCAUACCAGAGAGAUCGUGUCUGAUCUGAUUGAUUCCUGCAUGAAAAACCUGCAUAAUAUCACUGGAGUACUGAUGACCGACUCGGAUUUUGUCUCCGCUGUCAAGAGGAACUUGUUCAACCACGGAAAACAAAAUGCCGCUGAUAUAAUGGAGGCCAUGCUGAAGCGUCUGGUCAGCGCCCUUCUUGGUGAAAGGAGAGAAACAAAGUCUCAGAGUCUGUCAUAUGCAUCUUUGAAAGCUGGAUCACAUGAUCCCAAGUGCAAGAAUCAGAGCCUGGAAUUCUCAGCAAUGAAAGCUGAGAUGAAAGGAAAGGACAAAGGCAAAAUAAAAACAGACCCUUGCAAGCCAUUGACCAGUGCAGAGAAAGUCAGUGAACAUAUCCUCAAGGAGAGUCUGACCAUGUGGAACCAGAAGCAAGGAAACCAGGGCAAGAUGACUACCAAACUGUGUCCUGCCAAAGAUGAAAAAAGGGAAAGAAUUAGCCCUUCCACCGACUCACUGGCCAAGGACCUGAUUGUAUCUGCCCUUAUGCUGAUCCAAUACCAUCUAACCCAGCAAGCGAAGGGCAAAGAUACAUUAGAAGAGGAAUGCCCUGGAUCUUCUCUGAAUUAUAUGGCUCAGAGUGCCCAAUAUGAAAAGUCUGGAGGAGGUCAAAGUGCAAAAACACUCUCAAUGAAACAUCUUGAAUCUCGUGGAGCUCCUGGACCGUCUUGUGUGAAGGAAAAUCAACAACUGGACUCCCAGAAGCUUGACAUGUCGAACAUCGUCCUGUCGCUGAUUCAGAAACUGCUCAAUGAGAGCUCCUUCAGCUGUGAUGACCUAUGUGAUGGUGAGAACAAACGUUCUGAACCCAGAAGCAAAACGCCUUCCAUGUCCAAGAAAGGUGAGAGAGAAGACCCGAGCCAGGACAAUCCAGAACUGGACUUUAUGUGUGGGAUGAAGCAAAUGAACCGCCAGUUCAUAGAUCAACUGGUUGAAUCUGUGAUGAAGCUGUGCCUGAUCAUGGCCAAGUAUAGCAACAACGGGGCAGCUCUUGCCGAGCUAGAAGAACAAGCGGCAUUGGCCAGCAAUCCCAACUUUGGCUCCAGAUGUGGUUACGAAGCUGCAAUGUCACAGACCUGUCAAGAUUCUCCUGGGCCUGAAGUCAUCGUUAACAACCAAUGUUCUACAAGUAACUUGCAGAAGCAGCUCCAGGCUGUCUUGCAGUGGAUUGCAGCUUCCCAGUUUAAUGUGCCCAUGCUUUAUUUCAUGGGAGACGAUGAUGGACAACUGGAGAAGCUUCCUGAAGUUUCUGCCAAGGCAGCAGAAAAGGGGUACAGCGUAGGUGAUCUUCUUCAGGAGGUCAUGAAGUUUGCCAAGGAACGACAACUGGAUGAAGCCGUGGGUAACAUGGCUAGAAAACAACUGCUAGACUGGCUUCUCGCUAACCUGUAG